CCCACCCAGACGGUGGUGCCAUGGGUUUUGGGCCGGAGCUGUGGUGCCCGCGGGGGCACAGCGCGCUGCUGCGGCUGCAGGACGGGGAGCUGCGUCUCCUGGAGCUGAUGAAGAAGUGGAUGUCGCAGCGUGCCAAGAGCGACCGGGAGUACGCAGGGAUGCUGCACCACAUGUUCUCCCAGCUGGAGAAGCAGGAGGGCACUGGGCAGCUCCGUGGUGACCAUGGUGGCCAGAUGGAGAAGACCUGGUGGGUGCUGGCGAGCCGGACGGAGACGCUGAGCCAGAUCCUGCGGCAGCACGCAGAGGAGCUGGUGGCAGGGCCGCUGGCCAAGCUGAGCCUGCUCAUCCGCGACAAGCAGCAGCUGCGCAAGGCCUUCAGUGAGCAGUGGCAGCUGCUCAGCCAGGAGUACAGCCGGACGACACAGCAGGAGAUGGAGAAGCUGAAGGCGCAGUACCGCAGCCUGGCACGUGACAGCGCCCAGGCCAAACGCAAGUACCAGGAGGCCAGCAAAGACAAAGAGCGGGACAAAGCAAAGGAGAAGUAUGUACGCAGCCUCUGGAAGCUCUAUGCCCUGCACAACCAAUAUGUGCUGGCCGUGCAGGCAGCUGCGCUGCACCACCAGCACUACUACCAGCGGGUGCUGCCCAGCCUGCACCAGUCCCUCUACAACCUGCAGCAGGAGAUGGUCCUCAUCCUAAAGGAGAUCCUUGGGGAGUACUGCAGCAUCAGCAGCCUGGCACAGGAGGACGUUCUUGCCAUUCACCAUGAGAUUGCCGGUGCCAUCGAGGCCAUCAACCCUGCCACUGAGUACAGCGGCUUCAUCCAGAGCCACCAGUAUGACUCCGAGGUGCCACCAACUGUGUCCUUUGAUGAGAGCCUGCUGGAGGAGACAGAGAGCCUGGCACCAGGGGAACUGCAGCUGAAUGAGCUGACCCUUGAGAGUGUCCAGCACUGCCUGACGUCGGUCGAGGAGGAGCUGGCAGCUGCCAUGGAGGCUGUAAGCAGCAAGGAACAGCAGGUGUGGGAGCUGAAGGCAGAGAUCCAUGAAGAGGAGCAGGGCUGGAGCCCUGGGAAGCGGGUGCACUUGCUGAGCAGGCGCCAGGGGCUGCUCGAGGUGCAGCAGCAGCUCGAGGGCUGCCUCUGCACCCAGGCCAAGCUGCAGGCACAGCGGGACAUGCUGGCAGGGAAGCUGGCAGAGCUGGGGGCCAGGGAGCCCCUGCCUGCCCUGCCUGUACCAGAGGACCGGCAGUCUGUCUCCUCCACGGAGCAGGAACGAAGUGGGGCCAGUGCUCUAGAGACCCUCAAGAACCACAUCACGGGUAUCUUCAGCCCCAAGUACUCGCUGCCCCCCCCUAUGCCCCUGAUCCCGGAGGUGCAGAAGCCGCUGUGCCAGCAGGUCUGGUAUCACGGGGCCAUCCCACGCUCGGAGGUGCAGGAGCUGCUGACCUGCAAUGGGGACUUCCUGGUGCGGGAGAGCCAGGGCAAGCAGGAGUAUGUGCUCAGUGUGCUGUGGAACGGGCAGCCCCGGCAUUUCAUCAUCCAGGCUGCCGAUGUGAGUGAUCAUGGGCAGGGGGGAAGGCCAGGGCAACCCCACAUGAGCAGACAGGGGUCCCUGCUGGGCACAACCCCUCACCCGCCCUUCCUGCAGAACAUGUUCCGACUGGAGGGGGACAGUUUCCCCACCAUCCCGCUGCUCAUCCAGCACCUCCUGCAGAGCCAGCAGCCCAUCACCCGCAAGAGUGGCAUCGUCCUGGCCAGGGCUGUACCCAAGGACAAAUGGGUGCUCAACCACGAAGAUGUGUUGCUGGGGGAGCGCAUUGGCCGGGGUAACUUUGGGGAGGUGUUCAGUGGCCGCCUGCGUGCUGACAACACCGCUGUGGCUGUGAAAUCCUGCCGGGAAAACCUCCCGCCUGAGCUCAAGGCCAAGUUCCUUCAGGAAGCCAGGAUCCUCAAGCAGUACAGGCACCCAAAUAUCGUGCGGCUCAUUGGUGUCUGCACACAGAAACAGCCCAUUUACAUUGUCAUGGAGCUGGUGCAGGGGGGGGACUUCCUGAGCUUCCUGCGCAGCGAGGGGCCCCACCUCCGGGUGAAGGAGCUGGUCAGGAUGACAGAGAAUGCUGCUGCUGGCAUGGAGUACCUGGAGAGCAAGCACUGCAUCCACAGGGACCUGGCUGCUCGCAACUGCCUGGUGACGGAGAGGAACACCCUGAAGAUCAGUGAUUUUGGGAUGUCACGGGAGGAGGAGGAUGGCAUCUAUGCCUCCACAGGGGGGAUGAAGCAGAUCCCUGUCAAGUGGACGGCCCCUGAAGCACUCAAUUAUGGCCGAUACAGCUCAGAGAGCGAUGUCUGGAGCUUUGGGAUCCUGUUGUGGGAAGCCUUCAGCCUGGGCGCCAUCCCCUAUGCCAACCUCAGCAACCAGCAGACACGGGAGGCAGUGGAGCAGGGUGUGCGGCUGGACCGCCCCGAGCAGUGCCCUGAGGAGGUGUACCAGCUGAUGCAGCGCUGCUGGGAGUAUGACCCCCACAAGCGGCCCAGCUUCAGCACCAUCCACCAGGACCUCAUUGCCAUCCGCAAGAGGCACCGUUGAUGGGGGCACCAGGGGCCCUGGAUCAAUCCCGCAGCAGUGUCCCUCCCUUGGGCAGUGACGGAGCCCCUGGAUCCAUCCCAUGGCAGUGCCUGGGGGCACAGCAGAACCCUGCCUGGGCGUGCUGUGGUGCAGCUGUGGGUGCCUGUGCCCCUUUCCUUUUCCAGAGGCUCCCGCA